AUGCCACUACCAACAUAUGCUGCAAAGAUUAAGAAGACAAAUCCUGGUAGUUUUGUGAAGAUCACUUAUGAUAACCCAUCCAAGCCAAUUUCAGAAGAUAAACCCACACCAAAUGAAGAGAGUACAAUCAGUUCUAACCCAGCGUUCAAAAGAAUUUUCAUCUCAUUUGAGGUAAUGAAAACAUGGUUUGUUAAUGGAUGUAGACCCUUCAUAGGAGUAAAUGGUUGUCACUUGAAGGGUCCUUAUGGUGGAGUGCUAAUUUCAGCAGUUGAUUUAAAUGGGAAUAAUGGGUUGUUUUCAUUGGCAGUAGGAGUAGUGGAGUGUGAAUGUAAGGAGAGUUGGACAUUUUUCCUACAACACUUGAGAAUAAUACUGAGUGAUGCAUUGCCCACUAGGCCUUGGACCAUCAUGUUUGAUGGACAAAAGGGUCUUGACACAAUUAUGACUGAAAUCCUACCAGAGGCUAGCCAUAAAAGAUGUUGUAUGCAUUUGUUUAACAACUUCAGAGGUAAAUUUCCUGGAAUGAUCUUGAGGAAGAACUUUUGGAAGGUAGCAAGGGCUUGGAAUCAAAGGGCUUAUGAUGAGGCUAUGCAAGUCAUUCAAGGUAUCUCAAGAGAAGCAUAUGCAUGGCUGCAAAAAGUUCUUGUUGAAGCAAGGUCUAGGCAUGCAUUUGAUGGUAGGAUAAGAAAUGAUCAUAUCAUAAAUAAUAUGGCAGAAUCAUUCAAUAAUUGGUUGGGGAUUUCCAAGUGGGAGAGGCAGAUGAGGCACUUCAUCUGGGAGAGGCAAAUGCAGAGGAAGCACUUUAUCUAUAAAUGGUGCACUUAG